GAGACGAAGUGGGAGGAGGGAGAGAAGUAUUUAAGAGGCUGUCCAUCUCCCCCUCCUCACCGUUCUUCAUUACGCUCCCUCUCUACGUGUCGAACAGCAGGCCAGCACUCCUCCUUUGCUCAGUAUGUCUAACCCUGCCAACACGGAGAAUGUGUCCACCUUGGAGACCGCCAUGCAGCUGAUGAUCCAGACCUUCCAUAAGUACUCUGGGGACGAAGGCGACAAAUACACCCUGAGCAGAGCAGAGCUCAAAGUGAUGCUCACUGCAGAGCUGGGCAACUACCUGGGGAAUGCCCAGGACAAGGAAGCAGUGGACAAGGUGAUGGGUGACCUGGAUGCCAACAACGAUGGAGAGGUGGACUUCACUGAGUUUGUUAUCUUGGUGGGGGCGCUCACAGUCGCCUGCAACGACUUCUUCCUAGAGUACAACGACAAGGGGGAGAAGAAGUGAACACAACGCACACAUGUACACUCACACACACCUACGCUCUCUCUCUCUCUCACACACACACACUGAGGAAGAGGAGGAGAGGACGGUGAUUAUGAUAAUGAUGCGACACCUCCACUCAAAUCCUGCCUAGGCUUCAUUCCUACUGUUUAACAGAGAACUACACACACCACACACACACACACACACUCAGAGAUGCGUCGUGGCACACUGGGCGGUGAGUUUUUGUGUUUUGUGUGUGUGCCGUCUCAAUCCAAACCAAACCCAACCCACAGAGAAGUUUAUUCCAGAGUGAAAAUGUGGAGAGUUUAAGUCAUCAAUAACGGUCAUUGUUGAAUAUGUGAAUAUAAUUUCUCUGUCUUUUCAUUCGUUUUGUAAACCCCUUAUUUAUUUUUAGUUCAUUGUUAAACUGUUCCUCCUUGAUAGA